AUGUUCGAAAGCGGGCCAGUUGAACCGCGACCUCUCACGAUGGCAUCCCCAUCUCUGAAUCACUUUUACUCCCAACCGGCAGAACCUAGCCGUUCGAGGAAUAACUCGGACGCAAUGGGCAUCUACAUGAUCACCGAUAGGGAGCCUACGAGAGCAGAUUCGUGUGAUCGUAGCUCUUGGAACCCCAAUGGUUCUCCCAGCAUGAACUCUUCCUAUAGCAAGAGCUUCGAGAAACAGCAUUUCUAUGAAGAGAACGGACGGAUGUAUCAUGCCUUUCGCCGAGGAGUGUACCCCCUUCCGUGCGAUGAACAGGAACAGGAUCGCCUCGAUAUAUUCCAUAAACUAUUCACCGUAGCCAGGGUGUCGGAUGGGUUGAUUUAUGCUCCUCAUCCGAAAAAUGGCCGAUUUUUAGACUUGGGAUGUGGAACUGGGAUCUGGUCGAUCGACGUGGCCAACAAAUACCCGGAGGCAUUUGUUGUUGGAGUAGAUCUGGCUCCCAUACAACCGCCGAACCACCCACCUAACUGCGAAUUCUACGCACCGUUUGAUUUCGAGAGCCCCUGGGCCGUGGGGGAGGAGUCGUGGGAUCUGAUCCAUUUGCAGAUGGGCAGCGGUAGUGUUUUAGGGUGGCCGAAUCUAUACCGGAGAGUCUUUUCGCAUCUGCGAGCUGGCGCGUGGUUCGAGCAGGUGGAAAUUGAUUUUGAACCUCGAUGCGAUGAUCGGCCAUUGGACGGGUUGGCUUUGCGUCAAUGGUACCAGCUGCUGAAGCAAGCCACGCAAGACAGCAUGCGCCCUAUAGCUCAUAGCUCUCGCGAAACCAUUAGAGACCUGCAAGAGGCGGGAUUUACCGAAAUCGAUCAUCAGAUGGUGGGACUGCCCUUGAAUCCUUGGCAUCAGGAUGAACACGAGAGGAAAGUUGCCCGUUGGUAUAAUUUGGCUAUCUCGGAGAGCAUCGAGUCACUUAGUCUUGCCCCGUUUAGUCGAGUUUAUGGCUGGGAUUUGGACAAGGUCCGGCGCAUCUCUGCCGAGGUCAAAUCAGAAGCUUUCAACAAGGAAAUCCACGCCUAUAACAUCUUACAUAUUUACCAAGCGCGAAAGCCAUUGAACAGCUGA